CACAAGUGAUCGUCUAGCUAUGUAAAUCAGAUUAAUGUCGCUAUGUCGAAUUGGAGUCAUAAAGUGUGGAGAAAUCUGAGCUUAAUUCAAGGAGCUAGUUACUCAACCACGCCUUCAAGAACCAACAAAUUAAAGCUUGAUGACCUUAGAAAAAUCCGGCCGAUGAUUCUACGAAGAAUCGAAAACCGAGCAAAAGAUUACCCGGUUAAAGAGAUUGUUCCUGUGGCUGAAGAUGUUCUUAUAGCCAGAAAGUAUCUGCUCAGUGACGUCACUGCACUUCUUAAAGUGAUUCCUGUCUUGACUUGCAAAUUUUGCUCGGAAGUGUUUGUUGGCAAAGAAGGACACUUGAUUGAGACAUGCCGUAGUUAUAUACGGCGUGGCAACAAUAGGCUACAUGAAUGGGUUCCAGGUUCCAUAAACGAUAUACUUGUCCCCGUCGAAUCCUAUCACUUAGACAAUAUUUCUCAAGGUGUUAUCAGACACCAAGAGAGGUUUGAUUAUGACCGUGUUCCCGCAAUCUUGGAGCUAUGUUGUCAAGCAGGAGCCAUCCAUCCCGAAGAAAUCCUGCAAUAUUCCCAGGUUCACGAUAACCCGCAAAUUUCGGAUGAGGAUAUCAGGAGUUUACCUGCUGGAGAACUUAAAUAUGUUGGGGCAAACGCUCUAAUGGCAUGGGAGAAACUGAGAGCUGGUGUGAAGAAACUCUUGCUGGUUUAUCGUUCAAAAGUUUGCAAACGAUGCAAGGAGGUUCACAUUGGACCAAGCGGUCAUAAAGCUCGGCUAUGUGGUGUGUUCAAAUACGAGAGCUGGCGCGGCACUCACUACUGGGAAAAAGCCGGUGUGAACGAUCUGGUACCCGAGAAAGUGGUGUGGCACCGGAGACCUCAGGACCCAGUGGUUCUUUUGAAUGAAGGACGGCAUCAUUACGGACAUGCCCCUGCUAUCGUGAGCCUUUGUAGCCAUGCUGGUGCCAUUGUUCCUGUUAAGUACGCUUGCAAAAUGAAGCCUCAAGGUCUAUCUUUUCCUCACUGAUUCAGUUCCAAAUCACUAAACGUAGAUAGUAGUGCUAUAUAACUCCUGGUUGUAGUCUGAUUAUGUGAUUGAUUUGGUCUUUGGCAUUACCAAUUUUCGAGAACCAUACCAAGCCAAAAUAAACCAAGGCUUUGUAGUAUUCUGGAGUUCAGACAUUAACUCCAGACGUGAUACAGUGUUAAUGACAAAUUUACAGGCUCA